GGCUUUCUUAUUUCAUCUGUUCGGAUCUUAGAGUGUUUCGUACUGUUCCCGGGAUUCUCCCUUGGAUUUUUUAGAAGCUUUUUGCAGAGAUAUCGUUGCAAGUUUUGAGAUCCAAGAAUCUCUAAGGCUCUCCGGAAAGCUUUUGGUUUCGGUGUUUUGAGUUGUUGAUCUCAAGGGUUUUGUAGCUCUUCAGAUUUACGAGAAUUUGAUAUUGUAGAUGGACAUUAGUUCUCUUUGUGGUAAGUCGGUGUUGGAAAAUGUAGGCUGCUCUCUGGGUUUGCAGUGCUCCGCGAACCAAACGCAACAUCCGAGCAGCUCUUUCUGCCGGGAUUUGGUUGCUGCUCUUGACGAGUCUUUGAAUCUCAGAGAAGUUGGGGAAAAGUCGUUGAAUGGCGGAGGUGUUGGAAAAGAGUCCUCUGCUGUUAAAGCUGAUGGAGAUGUGGGACGUGGUUGUAGUAGGGGUGAUGUUGGAGGUGUGGAGAAGGGUAACAUGUGCGCAAAUGGGGAAGGACGUGAGGGGAAAUGCAAGCCCAAGUGCCUGAACAAGUGUGCAACCUUUCCUAGUAGUCAGGUGCUGCCUCCUGAUGGUUCCUCAGAUAGGGAAGUGGAGGAACCUGAAACAGCUCUGCUGUGGCUAUUUGGGGAGGAACAUACUAUCCAAGGAUACUCACGCUCGGUGUCCUUGCCCUCUCCUUUGAAGCUUCUUUCUGCAAUGAAAGGCAGUAGAGAGAAAGAGGGUUUAUCUACUGAAAAGCUCACUGUUAAAUGGGCCCCUGAUGUAUAUGAUCCCCCAGUUACCUUGAUGUCGCACACUGUUAAUAGAAACAAACAGCAGAAGACUAGAAACAAGAAAAAUUGGAAGAGAGAUGGAAAGAAGGGGCAAAGGAGCAACAAUUCACGAGGAAAGGACAAGAAGCAAUAUCGCAAAGGUGGGGCAUCUGAGAGGAGUCACAGGUCCCUGGAUUCCCAUGAAAUGAUAACUGAAACUAACGAUGAAUAUGGUGACCUUGUUGGCAACCGAGAGCCACAUUCUUAUUGUGGGAGUUCCUUCUUGAAAGAUUCCCUUACCAACAUGCAUUAUCCAGUUGCGGAGGCCUUGUGAGCAAUAGAUUUUCUGGAGCAUCUCUCAUCUUCGUGCAUUGUACAUAAAUAAUUUAUCGAACAGGUUUUGUUGAUUGGUGAUCGAAAAACUUGUAACAAUCCACUACUCCAUGUGUGUCCAUGAAAUCUGACUCUGGUGCUCUCUUUCUUGAGUUUAUGUAUAUUGCUCGUGUUGUUGAACAGAUUUUUGUUGCCAUUUGGAUUGGUAUUUUUACUGAUGAUGAAAUGCAUAUAUUUUAUGUGAA